AAAAACCAGGCGCUAGAUAUCCGCAAAAAAAGUGGCGACUGCAGCAGGGUGCAAGCAAGCUACGGCGACGAUGACUAAAAUUAUUCUGCCGAUUGCGUGAUGCGUGUCGCUCUUUUACCCAACGUGAACAGUCACUUUUGACAUUCACCAACCUUUUUUGAAUAAUAAUAAAUGCGGGCCUAUUUUUAUGACAACACCGACGCCGACCAGCGCGAGCUGCACGACUCUGGCAUCCCUGUGAGCAUCGAGAAGCUCAACAGAAUCGGUGUAUUCUACCGCCACCUUGAUGGCAAUGCCGAAGAGCAGCAGGCAGAGGUUGAGAAGCUGUGCAUUGAGCGCUCAUACAAGAACCGCGAUGAAAUUAACAUUUCGCCGACGUUGCUGCCCAACUAUGAGGAGAAGAUAAAGACGUUCUUCAGCGAGCAUAUCCACGAGGACGAGGAGAUUCGCUUUAUCAUGCAGGGCUCAGGCUUUUUUGAUGUUCGGGACAAGGAGGAUAGAUGGGUUCGCAUUCUCGUCGAGGCUGGAGACUUGCUUAUUGUGCCGCCGGGAAUCUAUCAUCGGUUUACGUUGGACACGUCCAACUAUAUCAAGGCCAUGCGCCUGUUUAAGGAGGAUCCCAAGUGGACUCCAAUUAACCGUCCUGAAGCUGAUAGCAACCCAUUCCAUUUGGAUCAUCUGAAGGCCAUUGAUGCAUCUGGAUGAGCAUGCACUUUUUGAGUAUAUUUUCUUGCGCAAUAAAUAUCAUUAUUUAACAAUGGCCAGGUAAAUAUAUACAUAUAAUUUCUAUAUAAUAUUAAAUUU